GAGUAGAGUAGCCCUUACGAAAAUAAAGAAAGAUUUUGACCUAAACUCAAGUAAACGUGUAUGAGAUGUCGGAAACCCCAUUUAACAUUAUCCCGCCCUCUUCUUCUUCUUCUUCUUCUUUGCAAGUAAACGUGUUGAUGGGAGGUCUCCAAAUUCAUCAUCAUCAUCAGCAGCAGCAGCAAAUAUUGAUGAGCACCCCCAUUGUUUCACUUCCAUCAUGUAAUCUCAGAACCAUUUCCAUCCUCUCCACCUCUUUCCGUAAGUUUUGCACCAGUGCCCAAAUCAAGGCGGUAAAUAGGGUUUCUGCUGAUGAACUCAAAGAGCAAUGGUUAAAUUCUCUCAAUUGCUCCCCAACUUUACCUAAACAAAAUCAUGACAAGGAGAUUGUAUCGCCCCCAUCACAGUGGGUUAUCGGGAUUGACCCUGAUGUUUCUGGUGCAUUGGCAGUCUUGAAACCAUAUGAUUUUGCCUCUCCUGCUCAGGUAUACGAUUCUCCUAACGUGAAAGUGUUGAUAGGCAACCGUGUACGUCGUCGUAUGGACACUAAGGCUAUGGUCGAGUUACUUCGGAGUCUUAGUAUUCCAUAUGGAACAACUGCAUAUAUAGAACAAUCACUUCCAUACCCAGGAGACGGGAAACAGGGAUGGUGGAGCGGUGGAUUUAAUUAUGGGCUAUGGAUCGGGGUCCUCGUCGCAUCCGGGGUUUCUGUUGUCCCAGUGCCAUCUGUGCGAUGGAAACAGGAAUUUAAACUGUCCGGAAAUGGCAAAACAAAGGACGAUAGCAGGGCGCUUGCAUGCUCUCUAUUUCCAACGUUAAGUUCAUCGCUUAAGAGAAAAAAGGAUCACGGGCGAGCUGAGGCGUUGCUCAUUGCUGCAUAUGGAAAAGGCAUAAGAUUAAACUCUGAUUCUGAGUCAUUAACGAGUAUUAACACGGACAAUAGCACAUCGUGAUGUUCAUGCCUGUCUACAGCUUGGAAAUGCAUUUGACUAAUGACAUUAACAGAAGUUGGUUACUGACUGAAUCCAGUUAAAGGAUGUUAUCUAUUGAAGCCAAUGCUAUGUUAAUGUGGCAUGGGUAGAGUGUUGUAUUUGGUGAAGUAUUAGGAUUGGCUGUAUUUGGGAUAUUUUUUAUGGAUACCUUGAUGACUCGUUAGGUCACAUUUUUCUUGUAUUUGUUUGUUGUAAUUACGUGUCUUUAAAAAUAAAAAGAUUAUUGAAAAUA